AUGACUAUUCAACAUUCAACAGGUAACCCACUACAACCGAGUCCAGUAUUAUCAAAUUUAUGCUUAAGUAUUACAAAUCUACACGAGAAACGUAAACAAAGAAGAAUUCGUACAACAUUCACCAGUUUUCAAUUGAAAGAACUUGAAAAAGCCUUUCAAGAGACACAUUAUCCUGAUAUUUAUACUCGAAAAGAUUUGGCGCUGAGAAUCAAUCUUACUGAGGCUAGAGUUCAGGUAAGUCAUUCAGCUCAACUUAAGAUAGAAUUUAUUGAUGAUUCCUUUGGAAAAUUAAGACUAUUUAUUCUAUCCUUAAUAAUAAGUAUUACUGUAGACUAA